AUGUCUACACCUCCUAUCUCGCCGUUGUGCAAGGACUGCUCAAAGGUUCUCGAUAUCGAUUUGUUAUUGGACCCUAACCCCGACAACAACAAAGGCUACCGCCCAUAUGAUACGAGCAAAAUACUGUACCGGUUUGAUGACACAUGGCCAGAACUACCAGGCUUCGCAACUUCUUCUGAUUCUGGAUGUGGAUUGUGUAAAUUAAUCCGAGACACUCUUGCUUCACAGUAUCCUUCGACGGAGUAUAAAGGGCCUGUGACUGGCUGGGUGUCGAGGUCCGCGACAGCCAUUCAUGUGGAGCCGAGGAAGGUUUUCGAUUACACCGUCAGCCUUUUGCCCUGUUCUGAUGACGAUAGCAUACCGUUUCUGCGCCCACCUCUUACAGAGGUCCUGUCAAGCCAAACACUCAACUUCACCAAAAAGUCCAUUGACCAUUGUGCAUCGACCUGUCAUCCAUGGAAGCCUUCUGGCUCUACACCCACGCGACUAUUGGACAUUGGAGAAUGCAAAGCAAACGGACGCAUCAGGCUCAUCCAGACGGAGGGUUUGCCAUGGGUCAAAUUCGCAGCGCUAAGCUACUGUUGGGGAAACGCGGAGGACGCAGCUUAUCAGCCCAAAACCAAUUCCGCAAACUUGUCAGAGAGACUCAGCGGAUUUGGUAUCGAUGCUAUGUCUCCCGUCGUUCGCGAUGCUAUCAUAACUUGCGAAGCGUUGGGCAUGCGCUACUUAUGGGUCGAUGCGCUCUGUAUUCUACAGGGCAAAGCUGAUAUCGCGGACUGGGAAGUGGAAGGCCAAAAGAUGAACGACAUAUUUCGCAACGCAUACGUUACUCUUUGCCCCUCGUCCUCGAACAGCUGUAGAGAGGGCUUUCUCGGUCAGCGCCAGCUCCACCCUGGCAUUCGGGUGAAGACGCCGAUCACCUCAAAUGCGGUAUUCCAGAACGAGAGUCGGGAAUAUUCCAUCGUCCCAUACGAGAUCAAGGCGAACUCAGCAUCCUUCAUGUUCACCUUUGAGUUCACAGAUUCCAAGUGGUACAGCCGCGCCUGGGUAUGGGAGGAAGUCAACUUCUCUGCUAGGCUCGUUAUCUUCAGCCCGACGUUUGUCUUCUUCCGGUGUCCAGAGAUUCUGAUCUGCGAGAAUGGCGCUAGAAACGAGACGGCGGUUAUCCAGAAAGGACUAGGGGAGUAUCACAGCAAAAGAUACCAAGAAGCACAGGCGUUUGCGUUCUUUAGAAAGUGCGCGGAAAGUAUCUCAACCUUGGAUAUCAGCUUCGAAUCAGAUCGCUUAGCUGCAGUCGCAGGUGUUGCAAAGCAAGUCGCUCAAGCUACGGGGAGUGAAUAUGCUGCAGGCCUAUGGGUUGAGGAUGUUUUCAAGGAUCUAAUAUUCGAAAGAAAUACUCGUGAUAAGGGCGGGCUUGAGAAGUACGUCAAGUCGUUGCGGGACAGGCAUUUGGAUAUAGGGCCGACGUGGUCGUGGCCUGGGCAUUGA